AUGAAUACAGCCAAUCCCCCAGCAUACUCCUCAUCGGAGGACUUCAACUAUCUCAUGGAAAAGUCCGAGUCUCCCAUGAUCCUUCCGCGGGAAGAUGAACCUGGGUUUGCCACCGCCUCAGCUCUCAGCAGAGGUCUGCAGGUACCCUCCCGCACCGGCAACUGUACAUCGGGCUUCGAGUACCCAGUAGAAUUGUCCCACUAUGGCGUCUCGCAAGACAACUGGGCAGACUUCACACAAGUGAUCUGUGAAGAAGCCAAGCUAUCACGCCAACAAUGGACCACAGUAGUCGGGAAAGGCCUCGGGAUCUUCGCUGUCGGCGGGCUAAUGGUCGGUCUAUUCGGUGCUGUUCCCGCAAUUUUCGUGGCCCGAAAUGCCAGACGCCGACAGGAACAGCGGAAUCUGGUCUAUGCCCUGGCAGGGGUUCAGGGAGAACGACUAUCUCGACACAUUUCACAUUGGAAUGAGACUUUCUUCCGACCCAAGGGCAUUUUGAUACGUGUUGAUUUGCCGGAUGAAUACCUCAACGACGUGCAAAAUAUGGAUAUUCGCACCAGUGCGAGCUCGCUCCAGUCUAGCUCAAAAGCGCGGGACAAGGCGGGUCUGAAGGCAAGGAUUGUGAUUAUUCCUCUGGAUGGGUCAAAGUCGAACGCUUAG